AGAGAGCUGUGGAUGAGGCUCUACAGAGUAAAAAUGGACAUCUGGAUCUUUUCCUGCGGUUCCUUCUGGGUUUAUCAGUGGAGUCUCAUCAGAUUCUCCUACAAGCACUAAUGAAACUGACGAGAAGCAGAUCUGACAGCACUGAGAAAACAGUUGAGUACAUCAAGAUGAAGAUCAGGACCAUUGACUCUCCAGAGAAAUCCAUCAAUCUGUUCCACUGUCUGAAUGAACUGGGUGAUCGUUCACUAGUGGAGGAAAUACAACAGUAUCUGAAAUCUGGAACAAUAAAGGAAAGCAAACUCUCUUCAUCUCAGUGGUCAGCUGUAGCUUUUGUGUUGCUGACAUCAGAGAAUAAACUGGACGCAUUUGAUAUUAAUGAAUUUGUUGGAGAAAACAAUAAAGCUGAAAAACUGAAUGUUCUUCAGUAUCUGCUGCCUGUGAUUAAAGUUCAUUUGAGUGAUUGUGGCGUCACAGAUAAAGAUUGUGCUGCUCUGACUUCAGUUCUGAGAUCAAACCCCUCACAGCUGAGAGAUCUGGAUCUGAUUAAUAAAGCAAUCAGAGAUUCAGGAGUGAAGCUUCUCUCUGUUGUACUGGAGGAUCCUCGAUGUAAACUGGAGAAACUGUGGUUGUGGGAUUGUGGAGUCGCAGAUGAAGGUUGUGCUGCUCUGGCUUCAGCUCUGAGAUCAAACCCCUCACACCUGAGAGAACUGAGUCUGACUCUGAAUAAACUAGGAGAUUCUGGAGUCACACUGCUGUCUGCUGUACUGGAGGAUCCUCACUGUAAACUGGAGAUACUGAGGUAA